UUGGAUGACAUGAGGGUGAGUAAAUUAUCAGGAAAAGAUUAUUUAAAAGUGGACUAAUCUUUUAACUCAGAGAUAUAUAUGUAUACAGUUUAUAGAGAAUAUGAAUCUGACGUCACGCCGCAUUGAGUUCUGGGAAACUUCUUUGUUUAUCCGCCAUAUUGACAGGAUCGCGCAGCCUUUCCGUCAUUGAGUUUAGCGCAGUAAUUUGUUUUCUGUCAUGAUUGUGAACAAUGUCACCAUUGUAUGUCAUUAAUGCUGCAUUGAUAAUGGCGAAAAUAACUCAGAUCAUCGUUCUGAGAGAAAACAAGACAGUGAAAAACGUUUUUUUGCCUUUUCUAUGUGUAAAAUCACCAAGGGAAGCGGGUCGAGGAGAUGACGAGAAGACGCAGGAUGGCAAAUCUUUUAGUAAUGGCACUGAUUAAACUUUAUUAUAUAGGGUAAUCCAAAAUCGUAAAUCCAGAAAACAGGCAAGGGUCAAACACCAAAGGAAACAGUCCACAAAACACAGAAAACCAGGGAUACACGGUGCACGUAACACAAUACAACGAACCACAAACAAAAGCAGAACCAACUGAGUAUAAAUAGACAGACACUAAUUAACAUAACACAAGACAAGACAGCUGGGUGCAAUGAAGGGGUAAUGAGUCCAGGAGUGGGUUAUGGGAAAUGCAGUUCACAAAAGGGGUGAGGAACAGUCCGGGUAGGAGUGCCCUCUAGAGGCAGACAAGGGCACUCCCAGUAAUGAUCAUGACAGUGCCAUGUUGAUUCAGAGAGGAGGUGGGCCUUGGCGUAAAAAAGGUUGGGAACCACUGGUCUAGAUGACCUGGCACCUCACACACAUUUUUUUGAGUGUGCGAGGUGCUGAGUGCUGUCUUCUUGUACAUAUGCAGACAUGCACAUUUGUGAAGGCUGGUUAUGAGUUGUGUCUGGUUGGGCUGCUUCAAGAAGCUCCUUCAUGAGCUUCUCCUGGAAUGCUUUUCUGCAUCAGUGGCAGCAAAUGCUUGACCUUCAUUUGCUCUUUAUGCAGGAUGAAAGCAUUAACAAUGUCAAUGUCCGAGAGAUGCUGAAACAGCUUCUUGCACCACUUCCGGGUCUUAUGUAGAACAUUAUAGUACCCGAUCAGUGCAUCAGACUGAUUGACUCCUCCCAUAUUCUUGCUGUACUGAAGUACAGGCUCAGGAAUGGGAAUGGCCCUCCUCAUCCAUGUUGAUGUUGAAGGAGGGGGGAGACUUUGAUGUUGGUCCUUUUGAAGUGUAGGGGGCUUGGGUUUUUAUCUUUUUUCUGACACACUGAAGCUGCUGCUCUUCACCAGAGGACUCUCUAAAAAGUUAACAAUAAAAAUAUCAGUAACUGUCUAAAAGGUUAUCAAUAAAGAAAAUAUUAGUAACAGUCUCUAAGGUUAUUAUUAAAAAAAAUCAGUAAUACUCUCUAAAGCAUUAUCAAUGAAAAUCAGAAAUACUCUAAAACGUAAUCAUUGUAAGCCUUUCAAAAAGUUAUAAAUGAAACUUUAGUCAAUUGUAAUAAACUUUGCAAUAAAUCUAUUUAUUUGAUUUUACGAAGCCCCUAAAGGGACCUUUGCAAAAAUAAAAAAAUUUCACGUGGGCACAAGAAACAUAUUGUAUGCUCACCCAUUACAAUUUCCUGUUAGUGAAUACUACCAUAAAAAUGUUUGAGAUAUGAUCAUAAAUUUACCUAUCCAACAUGCAUUGCACACACAUCCAAACUACAUGCAUGCAUAUAGGCUGCAUUAGAAAUCAUUUUCACAUACAUCUACUCUGCAUGCACACACAUACUUAUUCCAGAGAUAUUCUUUGGCAGUUUGCAUGAUUGUGCAAGCGAGUUAAAGUCUGUAAAAGAUAAUAUUUAACUUGAAUAUAUUACCUGACGUGACCCAGUUAUAAACUUGUUUGUUCUUAAAAAAAUGAAAGUAAAAGCUUUGCAGGCGACUCAAGAAAUUCUCCGUUAUCAACAUUUUGUUUUUGUUUUACAAUAAUUUAUUGCAUUUUUAUGUUUUUCUAAUUCAAGAUGAACCUACAUAAUUUCAUAAUGUCGUUACUGCUGAUGAUCUCAGAGGGCUUUCAGGUGAAAGGUCCCUCUGGUCCUCUGGUUGUUCCUCUUGGAGGUUCAGUGGUUCUGAACUGUUCUGUUGAUAAACCCUUAAUAAUGGAGGGUCUGGAAGUAGAAUGGAGAAGAACAGACUCCGAGACUCUGGUGCAUCUGUUUCAAGAUGGUAUGAGUAGACCAGAGACCCAGCACCAGGUUUAUCAUGAUAGAGCUCAUUUCUUUACUGAGGAGAUUCGACAUGGAAACUUCUCCCUCCUGUUGAACAGUGUGAGAGCUGAAGAUGAGGGAAAAUACAGAUGUAAAGUUCACAGUGACCAGGAGUCUGAUGAAACUGUGGUUGAAAUAAAAGCUGAGCGUUUGAUAGUAUCAGGAUCAAAUCACUCCAUAUCUGCAUAUGCGGGUGAGGACAUCACUCUGAGCUGCUCUGUGGACUCUCACAUCCCACCUGAAGAGAUUGAAGAGGUUUCAUGGAAGAAAAUAGAUAAAGAUGAAUUAAUCCUGGUUCUCCUCUACCAAAACCAUACGAUUGAAGCAGAUUCAGCAUAUGAGCGAUAUAGAGACAGAGCUGAGUUUUUUACGGAUGAAAUCCCCAAAGGAAACUUCUCCAUCAGACUGAAGAAUGUCAGAACUGAAGACAAAGGAGUUUACAUGUGUCAUGUGUUUGCUAGAGGUUUAUCAGUCAAUGCAACUGUAGUAUUAGAACAACUGGGUUUUUCUACUUUACAUAUAAUGGUGUUGAUUCUCUGCAUUACUGCAUCUGGAUCUACACUUCUGCUCUGCUGUCUAAUUUACUGCAGAUCACAAGAUAAAGACACCGCUGCAAGAAAACAUGUCAGGACUCUUGGGUGUGUUCAUAUAUUUUUUCCAAAUAUUAUAUCAUCGUUUGCUUUUAUCCUCUGGGGUAUUACUGAAGGAUCUCUGUAUGAGACUAUCUCUUGCUCUAGUCUGCAGAUUCUGAGGCCACUGAUUUUGAUUUGGACUGCACCAUAUUUAGAGGACUUUCCAGAUAUUAUAAGAAAAUGGAUUAAAUCUUCAGGUCUUCGAUUAGAAUUAGGUGUUUUUGGAAUACUUUAUUAUUCAGUUUUUCUUAGACGCAUUUGGGAAAGGAUUUUACUUGAAAAAGGAAAUAUAAUAACCUUUUUUGGAGUAUUUGUUCUUCUCAGUUUUCUCUACAUCAUCAGACAGCUGGCUGAACUCAGAGAGCAGAAGAUGCCAUGGCAUGGAAAGAUAUUUAAAUGGAUGUGUGCUAAAUUAGAAUAUGCAGCUAUACUGAUCUUUUUUUGUGUUACUUCAUUUCAAUUCCUCCUUUUGUUCAUUGCGUUUGGACAUACAAUUAUAGAUUAUGUUGGUGGUGGAGUUUUUCAAGUGUUGUUUUUUGUGUCAUUUUCUUGUGUGAAUGGAAUAAGAAGGAGAGAAAAAAGCUGUUUACAUUUCCUUGAUGAAACGGUAUGGAUAAUCCUUAUGUUUGUAAUGAAUGCAGCACUGGUCUAUUUCUACGUUUCCUUACUGAAAAAUGAAAUAGAUAGAGCAGGAUGGACCUGUACAGCUUUAUUUCUACAAACACUGUGGAUAAUCACAUUUCACAUGGAGUUGAGCAGCAAUCUAGGUAAGCUGUUCUGCCUCGACUGUACAAUCAGCGGCUCACGGGAUGGUGUGACAGAAAACCAGUCCAGCCAUUCAGCAGAUGACAUGACUGAGGAUUUUUCCAAUAGUUUUCCUGUGUAUCUGAUUGGAGCUGUUGGUCUUGUUUUACUGAACUCUGUUGUUCUGAUGACUGAACUGAUACUGACAACAAUUAAUGGUGAACGUGCAGUGGGGGAUCUGAGAAUCAUCAUAUUUCUGUCUGAAUGCUUCUUUGUCUUAUCAGUGCUGAUUUUACACAUCUUUUCACCCUGUGAGUAUAAACUGGAAUCGUUUUUAUUAAAAACCAUAUUAGUUUAAA